GUAUUUUAAAUAUCAAGGUAAAGAAAAUUAUGGCGGAAACUGCUCGAGCCCCUGAGUUGAAAUCGACAUCUAUGGACGAGAUUCGAUCUUCCAUAAACAUGAUUGGGGACCUAUUGAAUCACGGUCGUGAACUUAUGUAUAGUGUGGAUGGGAUGCAACGGAAUCCAGGAGAAAUUUGCAUUCCAAAGGCCCGUCAAGUGAUGCAACGAGAGCCGAAGAUGAACAUCGCGUACCAUGCGAUGACAGGGAAACAGGGAAAUCGUUCUCCUCUCAAGCGCAGGGCCACGCUACUCAAUACGCAAAGAGCGCAUGCCAAAGACAGAUGUUUGGAGUCUACCAAAACAACUCUAGGAUACAACUCAAACGCUACCGUCGUCCCUUCCAAACACAUUAACAUCAAAAAGGUCCCCAAUACUUUUCCUGAGGCGCGACAAGGCACUUCUGGACUGAAAAAAACUCUGAUGGGUGUGGAGGAGAUCGCGCAGGCGCGUAUGGAAGGGAAAAACAUUCCCAGCAUUGAAGUUGCUAUCGCUGAUGAUAACACUGUGCAAGAGAGUCGCUCCUUAGAAGAGCUUAAAAUUCGAGUUCAUCGUGAAAUGGAGGAAUACUUUCGCCAGACUUCAUGCAUAUUUGAUCAAAAGGCCAUCGUACCCUUCAAGGUUCUCCCCAUGUCCUCCAACUUCUCAGCCCAACAGAAGGUUAUCCACCACCCAUCAGCGAACACCGAUGAUAUCUCCAGGAAAGUGAAAGAAAAACAAACGGUGUUAUCCUUUACGCAGCAUUUGCCGAGGGAGCAACCUAUUGUUGCCCACAACGGUCACGUUUCCAUCCGGAAGCAAUCGCAUGACCCCACGUCCUAUGAAGAGAAAUCCCAUAGGCGAGCAAGGUGCCCCAAACCUAACCAAGCACCGUUGUCCAUCAAACGUAGCCAUGAGGUUGGGUAUGCGGACACGGCGCCUGGCCAACCCAGAUCCUUGGCAGCGGCACGCCCACGCGAGGAGUUGAACUCGCGAUCAAACCACGACAUCGCUAUGCGAUACCGAGCCAUGGUCACUCCUCUCAACUUGGAUAUGUUAAGAAAGUAA